AAAGAGCAGCUCCCUCCCUAAAGCAACCCAUCUCUCUCUCUCUCUCUCAAAAGCAAACCAUGAAGAAUAAUGAACAGCAACCACCACCACCACCACCACCACCACCACCACCAACGUCAAAACUCAUCGCCGCCACCGCCCAGAUGCACUUCCACCACCUCAUCCACUACUUCCUCCUCUUCGCCUCCGGCUUGGCCCUUGGCCUCGGCCUUGCCAUCUCUCUCAAUAACUUCUCCUCCUUCAACCUAUCCCUCCAGCUCAACAACAACAAUCAACUCUCCCUCCAGAACCACCCCGCUUCGCCGCUGCCGCCUUCUCUCUUCAACCAAACCCCGACGCAAUGGUGCCGCACCGUCGUAAGCGACUUCUUGGACCCGCCGACCCCCAUGCACGACAUGGACGAUAGGGAGCUCCUCUGGAGGGCGUCCAUGGCUCCCAAAAUACGACAGUACCCGUUCAAGCGCGUCCCCAAGGUUGCCUUCCUGUUCUUGACGAGAGGCCCUCUGCCGCUCGCUCCGCUGUGGGAGAGGUUCUUCCGAGGGCACGAGGGUCUUUUCUCCAUCUACGUCCACUCUCAUCCAGCGUUCAACGCGACGGCGGACGGCGGGGAAAGCGAAGGCUCAGUCUUCCACGGCCGGAGAAUUCCUAGUAAGGAGGUCCAGUGGGGCAACUUCAACAUGGUAGAGGCCGAGAGGCGCCUCCUCGCCAAUGCACUACUCGACAUCUUGAACCAACGGUUUGUCCUCCUCUCAGAGUCAUGCAUCCCCCUCUUCAACUUCACCACCAUCUACUCCUACCUCGUCGGCUCGACUAGGUCAUUUGUUGAGGCCUACGACAAGCCUGGGCCUGUGGGCCGAGGCCGAUACAACUUGCGGAUGCGGCCCGUGAUCCAGAUUGGACAGUGGCGGAAAGGGUCGCAGUGGUUCGAGAUGGACCGGGGCUUGGCGGUUGAGGUGGUCUCGGACAUGAAAUACAUCUCCGUGUUUAGGAGAUUUUGCAAGGGCUCUUGCUACUCGGACGAGCACUACCUGCCCACACUCGUGAGCAUCAAGUUCUGGAGGAGGAACUCGAACCGGAGCUUGACGUGGGUCGACUGGUCCAAGGGCGGGCCACACCCGACUCGGUUCGGCAGGUGGCAGGUGACCGUGGAGCUCCUGAAGAGGCUGAGAGGCGGGAGCAGGAAGUGCGAGUACAAUGGGAAGAGCACGAGCGUGUGCUUCUUGUUUGCUAGGAAGUUCUUGCCCAAUGCCUUGGACAGGCUGCUGAGAUUUGCUCCAAAGGUCAUGGAGUUCUGAAAAGCUAAGGAAAAAGCCCAUGGAUUUAUACUUCUUUCUAUGACCAUUUUGAUGAUGUCUUUUGUCUUGUUUCACAUUUUUUUAGGAUUUCCAUUGCUCCUGUUUCUUAGGUGAAUUUAGAAAUUAUUUGGCUAAUGUUAGCAAUAAUCCUGAUCGGGUGUUGUGGGUGGCAAGCAAAAGUGGGGGAAUUCACAUUGAAUACCUUGAGGGCCAUGUCCUUUGUUGCACCUUUUUUUUUAGGUCUUUGUUGUCAAUAUCAUUGAAAUGUCUCAAAUUCCCUGUGUUUUGGGAGGUAACAAGUAGCUAUCUUUGAUGUUUGAGAUACUUGAAAAUAA